GUCCAUUCGCGAUAAUCCGGGCUGGUUAUCAAACCGAGCACCAGGUGGCGUUAGACAGGAGGAUAACACCGACAACAGAAGAUAAACAGGGGGAGAUAGAAACAAGGCGAGAGGGAAAUGAAGUUACGUCCGAUAGAGAGAGAGAGAGAAAGAGAGAGAGAGAGAGAAUACAAGAAAUUAGAAACUAGGUCACGGUCGAGAACAGGGGUCACCAAGGGUCAUGCUAUCUCGGUACGCAAAAAAAGGGCAGUACGCAAACGAUCAGCUGAGAGACCGGACUAUUUUUAAACCGCGCCUACACUCGAAAACCAUUAUUCGCUUGUGAAAUCGCCGUUACAAAAACCCGGAAAUAAAAUUAAUUGUUUAGUGAAUUCUAAAACUUGUUUAGUGAAUUCUAAAGCAACAAAUUUUAAAAAUAGUCAGCAUUCAAAGAAUAUUCGAUCCGUUUGCAAAUCUACAUUGUGCAAGAUGCCGAAAGCCGCGAAAGGACACGAUUGCAUUGCAUGCGAUCGCAAGAAUAGUGCGUCGAAUAUGGUGCAGUGCGAUAAGUGCAACGGAUGGAGCCAUUUCGACUGUGCAAAUGUUUCGUGGAGCGUAAAAAACGAAAAGUGGUCAUGUGAAAAGUGCAAAGCCGCGGAAAAGGUCGACGAGUAUCAUGCUGAAGGUGAAAGUAAAAUGGUGCCCGGCAGUAAGCCUCAAGCUAGCUGCGAUUUGGUUCAUCAAGAAGAAACCAAAGCAGCCCAUGGCGAUGGCGAUCAGGAGCCGACAAGGAAGCCAAUCCACACCGAGCAGCAGGAAGCGACCGGGCGAGAAUCCGAGCAACGAGCACCAGAACGUGGAUCGCGCCACGCAGUUAGUGAAAUGUCGAGAAGUUCAUCCAAAUGCACGUUGAUGAAGCUUCUGACCGAGCAAAAUGAAACGGUGAAGCGUCUCCUCGCGGAAAAGGAAAAGAUGAUGGCCGACCAUUUGAAGCUGCAGAUGGACUUGCAGCGUAGAAUGGACGAACUCGAGAAACGGUCCAAUCGGAGCGAUGGAAAAAGUGCCUCUGAAAUCUCAUCGGUCGUUAGAGGUGAGAUGAAGACCGCGAAUUGGGUGCAAAAGCAAAAUGCGUACUUACCACAUGCCGCUAGCAGCUGGGAGCCCCAAGCAACUAUGCAGGAACACCUUACACCUUCGACGAGUAACCAAGAAAGGUACAGUGAUAUGGUGAGAGACAAGUUGCACAGAGAGAGGACAGUGAACUGUCUGAGACCAACUGCAGAUCAGAUUGCAGCCAGACAAGCAUGGCCACGAAAAUUACCUGCGUUUAGCGGAACGCCUAGGGACUGGCCACGAUUUUAUAAUAGCUACGUGGAGUCAACAGCAGCAUGUGGAUUUUCAAACGUGGAAAAUCUAGCUAGACUGGAAGAGUGUUUGUUUGGCGCAGCACGGGAUGUGGUUGAAGGCUGGUUGGAUUCACCUUCAUCCGUGCCGUUAGUAAUUAAAACCCUCCAGCGUCUGUUUGGCAAACCAUCCCUCGUGGUUACGGAUAUGGUGCAGAAAAUCCGACAAGUGCAUCCACCUAGACCCGAACGCUUGGACGACUUAAUUACAUUUGGGUUGGCUGUUCAACACUUAUGCAGCCAGCUUAGUUCCGAUGACCGAAAGCACUACUUAGCUAAUCACGAGUUGCUGGAAGAGCUUGUCGAUAAGCUACCAGCGUCAAGGCAGUUGGAUUGGGCCACAUACAAACGAGCAAUCCAAGCCAAACGCCAAAUAGAGCCUACGCUAUAUGAAUUUGGCCUAUUCAUGGAAGACCUGGUAGAAAAGGCUAGCGAUGUAACUAAGUACAUUCCUCCUAAAUCCAGCACGUCAAGGCCUGCAAGGAAUCAUGACCGUUCGCACGUCUUCCUACAUGCACCAGCAACCAACAGCAUCGAACAAGACAGGAAUACCAGUCCUUCAAGCUUCACCUCAAGUGCUAGAAACCAACCACAAGGUCCAGAGAGAGUUUCCUAUGGGACAGGUGAAUGUCUAGUCUGCCACGAUCCAGCACAUCGCGUUAAACACUGCGAUAGCUUUAAACGCAUGAGCCUUGAAGCACGACAAGCUACCGUGAGGAAAUUCAAACUGUGCUAUGUAUGUUUGGGAAUGCAUGCGUCCAAUCUAUGCAGAUCCAGAUACGUCUGCCAAGUUUCGGGUUGUCGAGAACGACACCACACGCUACUUCACGAGGGUCCACCAGAUUCCACACCCACGUAUACAACGGCACAGUAACCGUCGAAACCUUGGCGUUCCUGGAUGAAGGAUCGUCUCUCACACUGGUGGAAGCAGCGUUAGCGGAACAACUUGGGCUGAAAGGGGAUCCGGAUCCGCUAGAGCUUCAUUGGACUUCCGACGUCAAAAGGAAUGAAGCUACUUCUCGUCGCGUCAGUCUGCAGAUCUCGGCAAAAGGGGGUGAGCGGCGCUAUUCAAUAGCGGCCGCUCACACUAUCAACAAGCUAAGUCUUCCACCACAAAACCCAAAUUUAAAACAUCUGAUAAGAAACCUUUACUACUUGCAGGACAUUCCACUUCUCACCGUCGACCACCCCGUUCCACAAGUGCUCAUCGGGUUAGCAGACGUAGAAUUGCUAAAACCGCUGGAAACACGUUCGGGGCAGCCUGGAGAGCCGAUCGCCGUUCGCAGUGCGCUAGGGUGGGCCAUUUAUGGAACGAUAAAUGCAAGUAAUAAGGAGAGAUGUCAAAGCGCUCAUUAUCACAACACCCAUCUGAUUGAGGAUAGCCACCGAUCCUCCAGCAACAAAGAAAACAACGAUCAAGAACUGAACGAGACCAUGCGGCAGUACUUUGCGUUAGAGGAAAGUGCUGUGUGUUCCUUUAACAAGUUCCUGUCAGAACCUGAAGAUGUGCGUAGGGCAAAAAUAAUAUUAGAAACCACUACAACUAAGUGCAAUGGCCGUUACACUACGGGCUUGUUGUGGAAAAGCGAUGAUUUCCGUUUUCCAGACAGUAAACCGAUGGCGAUGGCAAGGCUUCGAUCCCUCGAGAGAAAGUUAGAAAAGGACCCAGACCUGAAAGAAAACGUACAUAAUCAGAUACGAUUGUAUGUUGAAAAGGGUUUCGCACAUAGGGCAGAGGAGUCUGAGUUGAACUCGGUCGAACAAAAAAGGGUCUGGUACUUACCGCUCAAUGUAGUUGGGCAUCCCCGAAAACCAGAUAAAAAGCGUUUAGUGUGGGAUGCAGCAGCCAAAGUAAGAGGAGUAUCGUUGAACUCGGAGCUGUUGAAAGGGCCCGACCUGUUAGUGCAGCUGCCCACCGUUCUUUGCAAAUUCCGCCAACGCCUGGUGGCAUUUGGGGGAGACAUUGAGAAAAUGUUCCACCAAAUCCGUAUAAGAGAAGAGGACAAGCACUCACAAAGAUUCCUCUUUCGUUUCGAUCCAAACCAUGAACCACAAACCUACAUCAUGGAUGUCGCAACAUUUGGAGCUUCUUGUUCUCCAUGCUCAGCCCAGUAUAUAAUGCACCGAAAUGCGGAAGAACAUGCCAACAUAUAUCCAGAAGCGGCAGCCGCUAUCAAACAAAGCACAUACAUGGACGACUACUUCGAUAGUUGCGACACGUUGGAAGAGGCAAUUAAUAGGGCAAAACAAGUACGGCACAUUCAUGCGCAGGCUGGAUUCAAUAUGAGAAACUGGGUGAGCAACAACAAUGCUGUCCUCGAAGGUCUGGAAGAAUCAACGAGCGAUCGUGAUCUGUUUAUAAACUUCGGUCAAGAGGGUAAGCACCCACGCGUGCUUGGAAUAAUAUGGGACCCCGUAUCAGACUCAUUCAAAUUUUCUGCAAACUGGCAUGAAGAGCUGAAACCAUACAUUGAUGGCACCAAGAAGCCUACUAAGCGCAUAGUUCUGCGAAUCAUCAUGAGUCUGUUUGACCCAUUGGGACUUGUGGCGCCAGUGCUCAUCCAUGGCAGAAUGAUGAUGCAAGAUCUCUGGCGUGAUAACCUAAAAUGGGAUGAUGAACUAAAUGAAACACAGUAUAACAAGUUUAAACGAUGGACGGCACUACUUCCCAGUAUCCAUUCCCUAAGAAUCCCGCGAUGCUACUUUGGAGUGAACGCGUCAAACACACAUGCUCCCCUACAAUUGCACAUUUUUACCGACGCUAGUGAGUUGGGGUACGGCUGUGCGGCCUACUUUAGAAAAGAGACUCCUAGCGGUAUACGUUGUGCGCUGGUUAUGGCACGAAGUAAAGUAGCCCCCUUACAACACCUGACGAUCCCCAAGCUAGAAUUACAGGCAGCGCUACUGGGCGCAAGACUAAAACGCAUGGUAUGCGACAGCCACGACCUGGAAAUUAAAGCCACGUACUUCCACACAGAUUCUGAAGUAGUGCUUUCGUGGAUCAGAACACCUACCCAUGAGCUAAAGCAGUUUGUAGCAUGUCGAGUAGGCGAAAUAUUGUCACUAUCAGACUCAAAGGAAUGGAGACACGUCCCUACUAAAGAAAACCCUGCCGAUUGUUUAACAAAGUGGGGGAAGGAUACUAUGAUCGAUCCACAAGGCAGAUGGCUGAACGGGCCUGCGUUUCUGUAUCUGAAUGAGAACAACUGGCCUGCGCAAAAACCGAUUGAAGCUACAAACCAGGAACGGAAAACAUGCUACAUCUCAGUGCAUUCAAGCCCAGCGUCACCCCAUAGAGAGCUAGUAGUAGAUGCAUUCAGAAUUUCCAGUUGGAAAGUUUUAGUGCGAACUGUCGCAAAUCUUUGGCGUUUCGUUUCCAAUUGUCGGCGUAAAGCAAAAGGUCUGCCAAUACAAUCCCUCAAAGCCACCAAAAGGCAAAUCGGCAGUAUCAAACAAAAAAUAGCAGCAGAACAUACACCCCUAACCAGCGAAGAAUACCAGAAAGCCGAACGAUUUCUGCUGCAAAACGCACAGAUGGAUGCUUUUGAGAAAGAAGUUCAGGUGUUAGCUAAGUCCAACUCGACUCACGCCCCACGCACCACUCAGAAUGAAACCGCACCUCAAGUACCACGCAAUAGUACGCUUUAUGGCUUAACCCCCUUUUUAGAUGAGUUUGGGAUCCUGCGAAUCGAUGGGCGCACAGCCAAAGCUCAUCACAUUCCCUUCGAUACAAGAUACCCCAUCAUUCUACCGAAAACACACUACGUUACAACACUUAUUUUGAGGGAGUAUCAUCAACGCUUUGGUCACGCUAACAACGAGACUGUGGUAAACGAAGUACGGCAACGUUUCUACCUAAAACACCUGCGAUCCAGCGUGGCCAGAAUCGCCAAAAACUGUCAACGAUGCAAAAUCAAGAAGACGCAACCAUUACAGCCACGAAUGGCACCGUUGCCAGAAGCAAGGCUUACUCCAUAUGUACGUCCGUUUUGUAAAGUGGGAGUAGAUUAUUUAGGGCCGAUCGAGGUGGUUAAUUCGAGGCGCAAAGAAAAGCGUUACAUUGCAGUAUUCACCUGUUUAGUGACGAGAGCGGUGCAUUUAGAAGUAGCGCACAGCCUUUCUACUGAAGCCUGCAUUAUGGCGAUAAGACGUUUCGUUAGCAGACGCGGAGCUCCCAGCGAGAUAUUUUCCGACAACGGGACCAAUUUCGUUGGAGCCAAUAAUGAACUCACGAAACAACUGGCGGACAUCAACUACUCUUGUGCCGAAACAUUCACCGGUGUUCAGACGAGAUGGAUAUUUAAUCCCCCUUCGGCACCCCAUAUGGGAGGCGCAUGGGAACGGAUGGUGCGAAGUGUUAAGGAAGCUAUGCUAGCACUGGAUGACGGUAGGAAACUGAACGACGAGAUACUCCUAACCGCAUUAGCCGAUUCAGAAAGUCUGAUCAACUCCCGACCGCUUACCUAUAUGCCGCAAAGCUCGUCAAAUGCAGAAGCGCUUACACCCAACCACUUUCUGUUAGGGAGUUCGUGCGGAACCAAGGAGCAGCUGCGUCCCAACGUAGAUUUAGCAGAAACACUAAGAAGCAGCUACAAACGAUCUACAGCUUUAGCCGAUGCGAUGUGGGACCGUUGGUUGAAGGAGUAUUUGCCAGCCCUGAACACUAGGUCCAAAUGGCACGAAGAUACGCGUCGGUUGAAUGUUGGCGAUCUUGUAUUCAUCGCUGAGGGUCCGCGGAAGAAUUGGUUGAGGGCGAAGGUUGAGGAGACGAUAGCCGGUAAAGACGGCAGAAUAAGGCAGGUGGUAGUGCGGACGGCAAACGGCAAGUCACUAAAAAGACCAGUAGUUAAAAUCGCUGUUCUUGAUGUUGAGUGCGAUUGCGAUACAGUAUAGGAAAGUUACCACCCUUCAAACACUUCAUCUUUAUCGUCACUGAGCAAACGCGCUAUUUAUUUAGUAAAUCCUUGAAAGCGUAAAGGAUUGACGGGGUGGAGUGUUGGCACGUUUGCCAUGCGGUUUGUCAGCACAUAAAAUGUUUGUUUAUAAAGAUCGGUUGUCACUUGUCCAUUCGCGAUAAUCCGGGCUGGUUAUCAAACCGAGCACCAGGUGGCGUUAGACAGGAGGAUAACACCGACAACAGAAGAUAAACAGGGGGAGAUAGAAACAAGGCGAGAGGGAAAUGAAGUUACGUCCGAUAGAGAGAGAGAGAGAAAGAGAGAGAGAGAGAGAAUACAAGAAAUUAGAAACUAGGUCACGGUCGAGAACAGGGGUCACCAAGGGUCAUGCUAUCUCGGUACGCAAAAAAAGGGCAGUACGCAAACGAUCAGCUGAGAGACCGGACUAUUUUUAAACCGCGCCUACACUCGAAAACCAUUAUUCGCUUGUGAAAUCGCCGUUACAAAAACCCGGAAAUAAAAUUAAUUGUUUAGUGAAUUCUAAAACUUGUUUAGUGAAUUCUAAAGC